UGUUACUGCUUUAAUUCAAUAUGUUCAACUGAAAAUGGCGAGAUUGCAUUAUUUUUGUUUGUUGUAAGUAUAAGUAAAAACGUAUGAAAUGAGUCUUUGCUUUGAAAUUUUUAAAAAUGUUUAACGAUUCGUACAUCCGUAGAGUAUGGUUCUGUAUCGUUAAAUGAUGUAUUACUGGCAGUUGUGUAGGCUAUGAUGUACUGAUGUUUUACAUGACGUCAUCAUUUGGACGCUUAUUGUAUGAAAAGGGUGUGUUUAAUCAGGUCUGAUAAGGGACGUCAACACAAAUUAUGAUUUAAUAGUGUUAAGUUUAGCAGGUGUGUACUGUGUGUGUGUGUGUGUGUGUGUGUGUGUGUGAGCCGACCGGUGCUGUGACUGUGACGUAACUGAAUGAGAUCUAUCGACCUCGUGGUGGGCGUGUGCAUGACUCUCUAUCAGUGAUCUCACUUGGCGCGCACGCCUUGCUGGUUGAUAGACCCCAGUCCCACCGGGAGUCGCUCACUAGGUUCAGUUCAACUGCCCCCUGAGUCGUGUCGGCGCUCGCUAUAAAACGAAAGCCAGAGUUCCUAUGACCUAAAAUGACUCAAAAUGGGUCCACCGACUUCAUCCCAGACCUCCCGCCGGGUCCGUUGGAUGGUUACAGGAAGCAAGCUUCUUUCUGCUGGAAGAAACUAAAACUGGCAUUUGAAGAUGAGGACAAUCUUAAACUAAAGAUGAAGGUGUGGCAGACGCUGGAGGCAGACGAGCUGUUCCACCCGCUGCUGGCGACGCCGAGCGCGGACGAGCAGAAGCGCCGUGCUGCCCUGCAACUGGUCAGGUUCCACCAGUACAAGUUCUACACGGAGGGCAUAGCGAAGAGCAACUACCGUCGCAAGACUCGUGCGAUGAUGACUCUGAACGAGGCGAUUGCGAGUGUGAACAUGAACUUGUCGGUGAAGUUUGCCCUGGGGGUGUCCCUGUUCUCCAACGCCAUCCUUAGCCUCGGCACAGAGCGGCACCUUCACUUCUACACGGCUGCGUGGAACGGAGAGCUGCUGAGCGCGAUCGCGCUGACGGAGGUCGGGCACGGCAGCAACACCAAGAAGAUGAGGACGACGGCGACCUACGAGCCCGCCACGCGGCAGUUCGUGAUCCACACCCCGGACUUCCAGGCCGCCAAGUGCUGGGUGGGGAACCUUGGGAAGACGUGCACAUAUGCCCUCGUGUUUGCUCAGCUGGUUACGGCUGAUGGCUCACACGGCCUCCAUGCGUUUGUCGUGCCGAUCCGGGACCCGACCACGCUUCUGCCCUACCCGGGCAUUGUGGUGGGGGACAUUGGCGAUAAGGCUGGUCUCAAUGGCAUAGACAACGGGUUCAUCAUGUUCCAGAAUUACAGAAUUCCUCGGGAGAACCUGCUGAACAGGUUGUGUGAUGUCUCGGUGGAAGGGGAGUACGAGACAAGCUUCACCAAUCCUGAACAGCAGCUCGGUGCGGCGCUGGAGAACCUGUCGGCUGGUCGGGUUGGCAUCAUGCAGGAGAGCGUGAGCAGUCUGUGCAGCGCGGUGACCAUCGCGGUGCGCUACUCGGCCGUGCGGCGCCAGUUCGGGCCCGACCCCGACGGGGACGAGCAGCCAAUCAUAGAGUACCAGCUGCAGCGGUGGCGAUUGUUCCCGUACGUUGCUGCCGCAUGUGCUCUAAGGAGUUUCAUAGAGUCGUUCACCGACCAGUACCUGGAUGGCGUGGAGAAGUCCAACUCUGGCGUGAAGCUGACACAUUUGAGCCAGUUGGUGUCGGAGAUCCACGCGAUGGUGUCGUCCAGCAAGCCCCUCCUCACGUGGACGUGUCUCGCGGCCAUCCAGGCGUGCCGGGAGGCUUGUGGCGGACACGGCUACCUCAAGGCGUCGGGGCUCAGCGAGCUGCGCGACGGCCACGACGCCAAGGUCACCUACGAGGGCGACAACAGCGUGCUGAUGCAGCAGACCAGCAACUGGCUGCUGCGGCAGUGGGGCCGGGCGGCCGAGGGCGAGGGGGCCAGCUCCCCGCUGGGCUCCGCCAGCUUCCUGGCCUCCGCCGGGCCAAUCCUCCGCUCCCGGUUCCGCGGCAGCUCCGUCGCGGACGUGCUGAGCCACUCGUUUGUUUCGUCAGCGUAUCGCUGGCUGCUGUGCUGGCUGUUGCGGGACACUGAUGCCAGCUUCAAGCACUUCGAAGAGAAGCUGGGGAACCGCUUCACUGCCAGAAGCAACGUCCAGGUGUUCCGUGCUCGCACCUUAUCCAUAGCAUACGCCGAGCACAACGUCCUGGAGUAUUUUUGGAAGAGGUGCGAGUGUCCGAAGUUGGAGCCCAGUAUCCGUGCCGUGCUGGAGAAGUGGUACUUGCUGUACGGCCUGUGGUGUCUGGACAAGCAUCUGGUCAUCUUCUACCAAGGGGAGUACGCGCAGGGCCCCGCCCUCGCAGACCUGGUGGGCCGGGCCGUGCUGGAGCUGUGCGAGCAGUUGAAGCCCGAGGCAGUGGCGACUGUGGACGCGCUGUCUCCGCCGGACUUCGCCCUCAACUCUGUGCUGGGCCGGUCUGACGGCAAGGUGUACGACAACCUGCAGGCUGCCUUCUUCCGCAGCCCCGGAGCCUUCGACAGGCCUUCGUGGUGGAAGGAGCUCAUCCUGAAACCACAAGUCUCAAAGCUGUAGCGAUGCUAGUCCGUUAGUUACACGUGCUGUGGAGCUGUUCUUUCUCAGAUGACUAUUUUUUAUUUUUUAAAUCUGUAGAAAGUGUAAAUGAAACAAGAGUACUUGUGCUACAACAUUUUUGUUAGAACUGGAAAUUUGCAUGUUCAAGAGACCACGUCAUGGCAGGCCUAACUCUGUCCUCCACCAAUAACCAAGCUUCUUAAUAGUAACUUAUCUUUCAGUGAAUCACUAAUCACUCGUACCUGGCACAUAGUCAUUCUGCAUGCUUCUACAAUUUGCUGGAAACAUGAAUAGUGUUGUUUGUAUUAAAAUUUUUUCAAAAAAAUUUCCAGAGUGACUGUAAAGAUAAAACUAUAACGUUUCUUAUGAAUAACUGCAGUAAAGUUUUUACCAGAGUAUACUGCGACUCUGAAUAUAUGCGACCCAAAACUUUUUGUUGAGAGUCUAGGAAAACAAAUGUUUGUAGAGGAGACCACAGUUGAAUACAAAGCACUUAAUUUUAUUAAAAAUUAAAUAUGUAAUAAAAUUUAAAUAAUGAACCUAGGCCAAUAUAAAUUAGUUUGUCAAACACUAAACAAUAAUUUUUACAUUAACACUUCUUUUACAUAGAUAUAUUAACAAAGUUUGUUAUGAUGCUGGUUAGAACAAUCAUUUACUGCAAUGCUGCUGCUGCUACUAUUGCUGACACUGCCUUUAUCUUCAUCUUGUCAGCAGAGAUUGUCUCCAGUGCCGUUAUUUAUCAUAUUUUUAGCCUCAGGUGUCAGAUGUCCCCGAAAUGCAUGAAAACCAACAUGCCCCUUGUCUUCAGAAGUGCAUCCGUGUGCCGAUUACACACCAGUCGUCCCGUGACUCGCAGCUUCUCACUUCCAGUCGUGCGCACUGUGAUGGUCUUAACACCUUUUGUUUCAACGGUACUGUUGAUGGGCAUGUCGAAAUACACUCCAGUUUUGUCAGCGCUGAAAUUUACCGUGUUUUAUCGCACAAUGGUUGUACGCGCGUAAUUGUCGCAACCAUAUAUUAGGCUGUCAAAAUUGGGAUAAAUAAACUUCUUGCGUAAACGUCGCAUGAUGUUUUUGGUCCCGCUAGUAGAUGCCGAGCGCUUUGUGUAGGUAUAUUUUCCGUAUAAAACGAUGUAUUUUAAAGUAGAAAUCUAAUAUUUAUUCGGUCAUUACCACUUACUUAAUAAAUUAACGGAAAAAUACAAAGUUGUUUGACGUGUAAAUUUUCUUAUAAAGAUGUUUUUAAACGUUAUUUCCUUUACCUGAUUGUUUGCGUUACCGCGGCGUACCGCUUAUAAAAAUGUAGCCAGCGUUUCAUUCAUGUUUGGUUAUGUUGCUUCCCGUAUAGAGCGCGCGCACGUAGUCAAAUAUCAAUAUCUCGCCGAGUGCAUACAACGCGCGCUCUCUGUCAGGUGCCGAGUUAACUACAUUUGAUAGCCCGCCUUCUUUCGUGGCAAGUGUGUACUACAACACGUUAGUUCACGUCAGAUUCAAGUGGCUUGCGUUCACGUUAGAGUUUUGGUUUUUCUAUUUAAAGUUGAAGAAUGGUUUUUGUUGAAGUAAUUAUUAAUAUAGAUUGUUUGGUGUGCUCUUCUAUACUCCACCUUUUUUUAAAUAAACGUACUUUCCAUGAACAGGUUUUUUUUUAUGAAUAUCUUUACCUAACAAAACAAUUUUUUUCCGCAUAUUGGUUGCACCCCUAAUUUUCAAACUUGAUUUUAGAAUUAAAUGUGCGACGAUUAUACGAGAAAACACGGUAAUCAAUUGCUCUUGGAAAUCUUUUGGCAGUUUUUUCGCUAGAUGUGUUCUGCGCUGCAAACAAAAACCGUAACGGCACAUCAUUCUUACGCACUAACCUGUGCAGUAGUCCAAGGAAAUCUCAAUUCACGAGCAAUAUCUUGGGCUUUUAAUUUUACGUCUCCUCUCUUCUCUUUGAUGAAAUUUACCAUGCAGGUUUCAAUAUCAGAGAACCGUCCCUUUCUUUUGAAUUCUUUCCUUAAACGAUUUGCAUUCUUGGGACGAAGCAUAUCUGCCCUCCAAUUACGCACAUUGCUUUCAGUAACAUAUUUACGAGCAGCUUUGCAGUUGUUGGUUUGAAUUGCGUGAUUUGCCACUAUAAUCUUAAAGUUAACAUUGUAACUUCGUUUUGGUAUUUUGGUACUUUUGACAUUUUAAAUUGUCAACUUCUACGCCUCUCUACAGUAUACAUUUUAUAAAAAAUUUCACUUUCCUACAAUGCAAAACAAAGCAGAAGCAACCAAACAAACGACAAUCACUUCAAAUACUGACCCAAGCGCUGACUAGUAGCACUGUUACUUCACGUUUUGGCCAUAUCGCUGGGGCCAGCCGUGUCCUUGACACAGAUGUCUCGCCGCGUCGAUCUGUUUCAAAACAUUCUUCUAGCAGCAAACAUGUAGGUUUGUGAUUAUACUGCGACCCUCACUUUCAGUUUCAGCAGUUUUGAUAAAAAUCAUCACAUUAUAUUUAGGUAAAUAUGGUAUAACUAUUGAGACAUAAUUUACAUUUAUGUGUAUAUUAUUUUUAUAGCUUUACAAAAUGAUAAAAAAUAAUUGGCUUUGCAAGUAUAGUUUUAAAUAAAAUACUUAUUUUUCAUAAUGUUUGACUUUCUGGAUAGUAAUUAUCUCAAUCAGAAAUAUUCAUAACCCCCGGUGCAAUUUUUGAUGGACAGUUGCACAUGGUUGGCCGGCAUGCAACAUAGCCUCUUGGGUUUUCAUUUUAGAACUGCUGAUUACUUGGAACUGUGUUUGAAUGUUGUUUGUUGAAAAGAAAAUAAGUUAGUAUUAAAUAGCUGUAUCUGUUGUAGGAAAUUGCUUUACAUCACAUUUUCAAGUGCUUAGGCUUUGUGUAUAACUGCAUGGACAUGAACUGUGUUUUUAAAAUUUAAAGAAUGUCAUUUAUUACAUAAUUAUUAUUAAAAGUAUUUAAAAUUUGUAUUUUCAUAUAAAAGUAAUGUUGAACUGGUUCAUAAAACAAGAUUUUCGUACUGACGUGUCCGGGGGUUUCGUUAUCGGAUAGAUGUUAGAAUUAAUGGGUGCCACCGUGCAUAGGGGCACAACCCGAUGGAGACUCGGUAUGGGAUCGUGGCGUCGCCCAUGUGAGGUUUGAUGCGUAACCCCUCCUCCUACCCGAAUCUCCUGGACUCGGUCGGCUCUCAGCUUCGAGGAUGUUUCAAUCAGUGAUGCAGUGGCUCUCGUGGCAUCCCACAAGCCAUGAGGCCGUGAGGUAGGCAAGACUGAGAUUCAUUACAGGCGGCUCGACACACUCCCUCGGGCAAUGGUUACAAUACUACAAUACAGAAUUAAACUGGGAAAAGCCUUGCGGCACGAUCGGUUUACGAAGGUUCAAACCAAAACAGAAUGUUCGCUGUGAUGACGCAAAUUCCGGUGAGCUGAUUUAAAUACAAAUUAAUUAUGCAGUCACGCCCUCGAGGUAGGCUCUGAGAUAAACAUGAGUGAUCACACACAGCGCACACACAAACACACGUGUGUCGCCGGUGGGGCGUUCUAAAUGCAGUAAGGAGAGGUAUUGGAAGUGAUGGCAUGUCAGGCUCAGAUGGUCGUAGCCCUGGGCAGCGUCAAUACAAAGGUCCACGUAUAUUUUUAAAAUAUGAAAAUUCUAAAAUCUUCAACCUACUACAGUUAAUUUAAGUGAUGAUGUUUCAGAUGUGUAGUAAUUGUGUAAUUAUGUAAAUGGUGUGUUUUCCUUCUAAAAUACAACAUUCCUCAUUUGUAAUAUUGUACUGUCAUGUGUACAAGUUCGAUGCUCAAGGCAUGCACAGUCUUUUCAUCGGUCGGUAAUACAUCUUUGUGGGAUUUUAGCAUGAAAUUUUUAUUUUUGAGGUGUCCAAAUGGUUUAAAUUUGGCCCUAGCAUGACUUGUAAAAAAUGUUAAAUAGUAUGUGUGUUCUAAUUGACAUUAGUACUGUAAGUUGGUGACUUACUAUGGGCAGUUUGGUUCUGUUCUUUGGAGAAACUGAUAGGUAUUUCAAGAUAGUUUGAAAAUAUUUUUUGAUAGCCCUGAAUUCUCACCCAACAUUCCUGACAUGAGUAACGUGGUUAUGUUUCUGGUAUCCACAAGUUUCUUUUAACAUACGUAUCUAUUUAGUUCUUUACUACAAAUAAACAUUUUUUUACAAGUAAACAAUGUAAAAUUGUUUAAAUAAGUUAUGUCAACAACAUAGAAAAAAAAUCUUUUCAGAUAAAUAAUUUAGUCUAGUAAGUUAAAGAAAGAAGGCUUCAAAGUAUGCCUUGCCCAGUCAUAACUUUUUUUUUACAACCAGCUGAAAUCCUGGCUUUGUCAGAGCUUUACCCAGAGUGGAGAGGUUUCAUUUAGGGGGGUGGGAGAAUUCUUUUGAAAUCACAUGUAGGUAGAUGUGUUCUUAUUUUGAACAUAAAGUUUGCAAAACUUCAUCAAGAAGUACCAAAAUAGGGGUGGGAAAGAAAAAAAGGGGGUGUUUUUUCUAAACCUGUUGUACACAAUAACCUUCCUCUUGUUUUGCAAAAUUACAUCAGGUUGAUAGUAAAACUAUAUUUGAGUAAAAACGAACCCACAGACACUCUUCGGUAUACUAGGCGCAAUAUAACUCCGAGCUUGAGCUACGUCACACAUGAGGAGUGUUGACUGCAACACGUGUGGGGGGUCAGGUGGAUGAGGAGGGGGUAUAAGCAGAUACGGCGACCUUGCACAGCAGGUAGAGAAAAGCAGAAAACAUUGACCACUUACCACUGACGUUCCAAGCACUACCUCAGUUCUUCAACGCCACUGACUGUUCCAUCCGAAGAGAGUGAUGUGUAAACGUCACUGCUGUCACUGUUUGCAUCACCUAACUGAACAAUCGCUUUAUCAAUUUCAAUGUCAAAACGCACAUCCUUAUCCCAGUAUUCGUUCUCGAGUGUCUUGACGUGAUUGCAAAUCGGUAUCCAAUCUUCUGGACCCAUUCGGUUAAAUAUUUCCUCGCAAAGGUUUUUUACAUUUGCCAAAUUGCAAGUAACAUUUCUUGAAGCGACUUCUCCUUUAACUUUAGCCCACAUGCUUUCUAUUGGAUUCAAAUCCGGAUGAUAAGAGGGCAGACGAAGUAAUGUGUGGCCACUAUUUACCAAUAGUCUGUCUGCCGAGUACUGCACUUGCGAAGGUUUGUGCUUCUUUAUGAGGUUAUACAAGUUUGGUUUGAGCAUGUCGCUAGUAAAGGAAAUAUUCUCCUUACUUAACCACUGCUGCAUUUCCAAUUUUGUCGAGCUGGAGGUAGGCGUUUUAUUUAUUUUUACAUUGUGAUAGGGAGCAUUAUCUAUCACAACACUGUUUGGUGGAAGAUUUUGUAUUAAUUGUUCGGUGAGCCAUUUUUCAUAUUGUUUGUACAGUCGUGCGAGACACACCCGUGCAUUAGCUGUUCUCAGCUGUGCUUUCUCUAGUGAAAUGGAGGGUUCUUGCAAUCGCGCUUCAUUUUCCAUAAACUGCAGAACGUUAUAGACGAUUUCCCGCGCCUGCGAGUGCAGUUUUUUACUCUUAACUUUUGACAACACUGGAGGCAUUUUAUGUAUAAAGUUGUACUUUACUGAAGUACUGCACUACAUAUGUAACACUGGCUCUGAACAAAAGUGAUACACUACAUGCAUACAAACCUCAGAUCCAAACUGUAAACGAAAACGUUUAGUAAGUACCAACGUAUUCGUCGGAUUUCACCGAAAGACUAAGUUUUCACUCUGUGCAGUAGCGUGUAGCCCCUGUUAUCAAGUUACGCAUUAUCUCUCACUGCCACGCUACGUCUGCCUUCUCCAGUGCCGGGACUCACAUACACACAACGAUUUUCUAACCGUCACCCAGGCUCGGAGUUAUGUUGCGUCUAGUGUAUGUAUGUCAAUAAUAUUUAUGGUGUUUAACUACUUGAACUUACCAUGUUUUGUGUGUAAAUAGGGUUGUAUUAAAUAUACUGUCAAUACAUGUUUUACAAACUAGAGUACAAAAUGAACUUGAAACAUUUUAUUUGGAAUAUUAAUUGUAUGAACCUGUAUAAACGUUUUGAGCCCAGAACAACUAGGGACAAGAUACAUGGUGAAUUGUGAUGAAUACAAAAUAAAACCAAAAAUCAUGCCAAUAAACAGCCUAACACCACAAUAGCACCAACAUUUAAGUUAUAUCAUGUGAUGAAGCAGCAUUUAAUUAAAACUUAAUUCAAAUCACAAAAUUUUUUUGUUGCAAAUAUUGAUGUUUUGAAAUUCAAGGAAUGUCAUGAUUAUAUUUGGACAAAAAUUGUACCAAAGUGCAUGGAUCAUAAAAAUUAAUUUUUUGUUUUAUUGUGAAUCUUUUAUUGAAUCAUUUUUAAACCACAAAUGCUCACCCUUUUGUUUUAUUCUGAUUACGUGUUUCAGACUCAUUUAUUACAAAUAAUUUUAUCAUAUAAAUGCUAAAUACAAAUACACUGUUUUGGUGGAGUAAGUAUUAUAUUUAUAAAACUAAAAAAAUUAACACCAAAAUCUUGUCUAUAAUAAUAAUAAUGCAUUUUAUCUACAGUAUUUUUCACAGUACUGUAGUUUACCAUUUAAAACAAAUAGUGUGUACUAUAAAUAUAGUAUGUAACUAUGUAUUUGUUGUAAACGCAUAAGUGUGCCGAUGAAGUAGUUUAUGUUUUACUGUAAAUUUAAAGUUCUUUUAAGAUAUUUAUUGAAUGUAUUUAUUACCAAACUCCAGUGUGACAUUGUCAUUGGGCAUAAUUAAAGCAGCUCUUUUAAGCACUGUUUGUGUGUGUGUGUGUGUGUAACAUUUGUCACAUCUCAAAGUUCUGUCAGUAUUUUUGCACUAGUAUGUUUACCAGCAAUUUCUUGACUCAUACAAAAAUGCUGAGGGUUAUAGUUAUUAAAUUAGUUUUUUUUUUUUACCAAUAGUAGAUUAAAAGCUUUUUUUUUUUAGUACACUGAAUUUAUAGUGACCCUUGUACAGCUUGAACACAAGGUGUGUGUGUGUGUGUUUGUUGUGUCCAGAAGAACAAUGUGAUCUUGCCACAUUUACUUACAAGGUGUGUUCACGUUCACAGGAAGAUUGUUAUUAUUGUCGUUGUUUAGGGAAAAUAUAUGUCUUUUACAACUGUUAGAUGCUAGAAAAUAUUUUUAUUGCAAUAUUUAAAAUAUAUUUUGUAUGUAUAUUGUAAAGUGUGAAGACCUGAGUGUUGAACUGUUGUGCAUUUUCAGUACAGAUUUUGCAUUGCAUUUUGUUGCUACCUAAUUUUGCUAACUUCGAAACUUCCAGUAAAUGGAACCUUUUCUUGAAAGGAGAAAUUAGGGCAGGUUGGAUUCGUGGGCCCGCUAGCUAAUGGCUGUCCUUGUAUCCAGGUUACUUUGCUACACGCUAAUGAUUAGAGAUGGUGAUUUAUAGCUUUUAAAAUAAUAACAUUUAGCAUUUUGAAUUUGAAAUUUAGCAUUUUGUAGCAUUUUAAAAAACAAGAUUUAGCCAAUUCUCUCAUUUUACAUUACUGAAGAAAAGUAUAUUUUUAAAAAGCAUUAAAUAAUACACAUAUUAUUAACAACCACAGAAAUAAAGAUCUAACACAACUACAAAGAUAGCCUAUCUUGGCAGGUUUCCAAACAACUUUUUAGCACUUAUGAGUGCAAUAAAUUGAAUACUUACAAUUACAAUAAAUAUUUUUUAGCCGUGUUCAUGGCCAUAGUUGAUGUAGAGUGCACAAAUAAUGUUAAUUGAAACUUGUUUUUUUCAAUUUUCGCCUUCUUUUGGUUUUCGAUCAUGCCAGAAACCGUUGCUUGCCGUUUUACUGACUUUUUUUCUUCAUCCGAUUUCUCGGUGAAUAUUUUUUUUGCAGCCUGACGUCCCUCAGAUUUAAUGUGCUUUUCAAGUACAUCUUUUUUUUCCACUCCAGACGGCGAUUACAUAAAUUGCACAUUAAAAUAUUUGUAUCACUUUCGUAGAACUGUUCAUUUUUGUAUUCGUUUAUGCGAUCGCGAAUGGAAAUUACGUUUCGUCCCAUUUUUACCAUGAGAAAUAACAGUAUACAACACAUUCACGAGUAUGCACGUAUUUGUAAACACCACCUUCCACAGACUACACAAGAAUGCGGCUUUCACGUGAAACACAGCCAGAAAAUGGGCGCGGUGAAGCAGAGAUGUCGCAAUAUGGUGGCCUAAAAACUUGUACUCUGCAAGAUGACGGACACUCUUCCAGCUAGUUGUUCUUUGCUUUGUUUACAAUCGCGAGUUACGGAUGGCCAUUUUUCAUUUAAUAUUUACGAACAAUAGUGUUUAGAAUGACGUGACAAUAAGAUACGCCAUAAAAUGAUGGUUUCUUUUGAUACUGAACUGAAACUAAAUACAAUCGGUAAAUAAAUUUUGUAGAGUGAAGACGAAUCUACGUUUUUUACCUUGUUUUCGCAUUUAUCUCGGAAUAGUCUAGAUUUCGCAUUUUAUAGCGGGAAAAAAUAUAAUUUAGCAUAUUUUCGCAUCUAUUUCGCGAAAACGAAAACUCACCAUCCCUACUAAUGAUGCUUAUUUAAUAAACGUAGCUGUAUGUUGUGAUACUUGUAACGUCAGUUACGUUGUGUGUUGAUGGGAGCGGGGGACUUGUUACGCUCGGCGCUGUAGGCUGGUGAUUGUCAUAGCUGCUUUCUUAGGCCUUCUGCAGCAGGUUAUAUUCACCACUACUUACUUGUCUAGUUUCAGAGCAAUAAUAGUUCUUUAUUUGUGUUUAAAAUGGUAAGAAUGCACAAAAUUUCGGGCUGCUGUUAAUUUUUUUGGUUUUAUCGUGAUUGACGUAUUUGAUUGUGUGUAGGAGUCUAGCGCUAGUCUUUCCGAACCCGCCAUAACACAAACACAACACUUUAUUAAUGAUUUUACUUGGUUCACUAAAUUGGUCUUCUCGCAAAAUUUUAACUUCAUGAUUCAUUUACACCAAAGGCAAGAUCCCACAAAAAUAAAUAGUCCAACAACAAUCAUUACCAACUAUUUUCAUAUUUAUUAGUCAACCUGUAUAAGGUACAGUACUGUACAUGGAAAAGGUUCUGUUUGACCUGUAAAUUUUUGCUUAGCGAUGUUGUGAUUUGCAAAGUAUGCAAGUAAUUCAAUAAAUAUUAUAAUAUCAGAUUUUUAAGAAUUGUUUUUAGUUUUUUUUUGUAUGUCAUUUCGUUAGAAUUAUUGUGUGUUUUGGCAUAAGAUGUUUAGUGUGAAGAACAGUAUUUGUCAUACUACAUUCCGAAAGUGGUUGUGUUCAGUUUGCAAAAAUGGAUAUUCCGUGUUAUUAAAAUUUUUGCUGUUGAAACUCAAA